AGGAUCCGCUUUCGUAGGAUUUCGUGUUUGAAAAUGGUGGUCAGGGGGUUGAAGCGUAAGCUUCAUGUGGGUGAUGAAAAUGCAGGACCUGUAUGGGAGAGCCAGCUGCAAUCCGUGCUGGACAUCUCUUUGGAUAAAUUCCAUCGUGAUCAGGCACUCGUGGAGCCCAGUCUGCUCCGCUCUGUGCUGAUCAAUAACACACUGAGACAGGUGCAGUCAGAGGUCCGAUCUCAGGUGGAGUCUGCAGCUGCUGAUUUUAGCCCUCAGAGAUCUCUUGCAGGUCCAGGGGUGCAACAAGUAUCCCCACAGCUCAGCUCCCUCAGAGGUUCCACUCAUACUAGGUAUAAGGCUCCUCUCUACCCUCACCCCUCAGAAAACACCCAGCCAGGAGAAAACUGGAUGGCCUGGUCCUCGGAUGAUGAAUUCUCCCUCUCGACUGCUAUCUCUUCCAUCCUGAAAGAUCUUGAUGCUUCCAUAGAGGGAGGUUUCGAACCUCCCAUGUCCCGGCGCACACCUCUAGGAGCCAUUGAAAACGUAGCUGAUGAUGCAUGGUCCAGAUCAGGCUCAAUGGGUGUUUGGAGUGCUGAUGGUGAGCAGGAGACCUGCAGAUACUUCGAGGCCACAGCUUCAGGCAGCCUGGAGUUCAUGCGCUCCAACUACCUGCAGGACGUCACCUUAGAUAACCUUUUCCUGGAUAUUGACACUUCUGUUUUUGAACCGCCAAGACUGGGGGCGCAAGCUCUCUCUGUCUCUACCACUGAUAAGAUGAUGAAGCACCUAUACUCCUGGCCAUCCCCUUCCUCGCCUUCUCAUAGUCAGAUGGCACGAGACCUUAACGAGCUGGAACAGAGUGGGAACAUCCUAGUGAGGUCCUAA